AUGACACGCACACUUCGCGUUGCUGUUCUCGAAUGCGACACUCCAAUUGAUCCAGUGAAGGCCCGAUAUGGAACAUACGGAGAUUUGUUCAGUGGUUUGCUGCAAGAGGGCUUCGAUUCACUCUCAGACUGUGCUGCCAAUAUAGCCUUGCAUACCAGCAAGUGGAACGUGGUGGAGAACCCAGUUUAUCCUGCCAUUGCCGAUUUCGAUGCCCUUCUCCUUACUGGAAGUAAGCAUGAUGCUUUUUCCGAUGCACCGUGGAUAGUUAGUCUCACCAACUACAUUCGCGAUAUUUUUCAACAUCAGCAGAAGCCCUUGAUUGGAAUCUGCUUUGGACAUCAAAUCAUAGCUCGGGCCUUGGGUGCGCGGGUGGAGAGAAGUACGGCAGGGUGGGAGAUAUCAGUAGAUGAAAUCAGCCUAACCGAUGUUGGGAAACAUUUGUUUGAGAAAGAUACACUAUAUUUACAGCAGAUGCAUCGUGAUAUAGUUCACGAUGUGCCGAAAGGAUGUGUGAAUCUCGGGCAUAGUCCUCGUUGUGGUGUCCAGGGAUUGCACAUCCCUAUGAAAGUCUUGACAGUUCAAGGUCAUCCCGAGUUUAAUGAAUUUAUCAUGUCUCGAGUACUGGAGACGCGGCACAAACAAAAGGUUUUUGAUGACAGUCUAUUCCAAGACGGAAUGUCCAGAGCUGGAAAGCCGCAUGAUGGGAGUCUGCCAGGCACCUCUUUGGAGGAAGCCAUCCAAGUCGCCUCCGCAUCUAAAACUGCGUUUCAAUCGUGGCGGGCUGAGCCUCUGAACCACCGCAAAGCAAUAGUAUCCCGAGCGCUGGACAUAAUUGACAAUCGGAAAGAUGAUCUUGCCAGGGAACUGACUGCGCAGAUGGGGCGGCCAAUCAGGUACUGCGGUGUCGAAAUUAAGACCGCUCGUCUUCGUGCUGAGUACCUACUUGAUAUCGCUGAAGAGAGCCUGGCAGAUUUGCCCGGUCGCCCUGAAGCCGGUUUCCGGCGCAUGGUCAAACGCGUGCCUGUCGGGCCGACGCUUAUUGCAGGUGCAUGGAAUUAUCCGUACCUGACCACUGUCAAUGGUCUCAUUCCUGCUUUAUUGGCGGGCAAUAGUGUUAUCCUCCGUCCAUCACCACAGACCCCAUUGUUCGGGAACCGGCUACUCGAGAUUUUCUCGGAAGCAGGGCUCCCAGCUCAUGUACUCCAGAUCAUUCAUGUUGGAAGCCUUGAUAUUUUGGAUCAGAUUUCCCAAAUUGGUGACAUUCAAUCUAUCUCAUUUACCGGUUCGACAACAGGCGGGAUCCGUCUGCGCGAGGCAACUGCCCGCCACAUUAAGCCGGUAAAUCUUGAACUGGGUGGAAACGAUCCUGCCUAUGUGCGCGCAGACGUGGACAUCAAACAUGUCGCAGAACAGCUGGUUGAUGGGGCUAUUUUCAAUUCUGGACAAAGCUGCUGUUCUAUCGAGCGGGUCUACGUGCAUGCGGAUGUCUACGAUGAAUUUGUUCGAGCAGUACAGGAUGAGUUGAAGUUGUACAAGCUCGGUGACCCUUUUGAUGAGACAACAACCACUGGCCCGGUUAUUUCCCAGGCAGCAGUGCGAAAGAUCAAGGAGCAUGUUGAUAACGCCCUGGCCAAGGGAGCGACAGACUCUACUCCAGGAAACUCGAGUUUCUCUCUGGCCAAAGCGUCGUCUAAUCAGAAAGGAAACUAUGUCGCUCCAAUUGUUCUGACCAAUGUCAAUCACGAAAUGCUUACUUUGAAGGAAGAAACAUUUGGUCCUGUUAUGCCAAUUAUGAAAGUGGCCAGUGACGACGAGGCCAUUGCUUUAAUGAACGACAGUGACUACGGACUGACGGCUAGCGUGUGGACGAAGGAUAUUGCCGUGGGAGAAGUGCUUAUUGACCGGAUCGAGGCUGGAACAGUGUUCAUCAACCGCUGUGACUAUCCAAGCCCGGAUCUUGCCUGGACAGGUUGGAAGACAUCCGGUUUGGGAUGUACCCUUGGGCCGCGUGGAUUUGAUGGAUUCGUGAAGUUGAAGAGUUACCAUAUUAAAGAGGCGUCCGCAUGA